AUGACGACAAACUUCAGCUUACCCAUCGACCUGUCUCAUCUACAGAAUGAUCGAAUUAAGUUAGUCCCGCUCGAGGACAAGCUCCAAGAAUGGACCACCCUCUGGAUCUCAACAGUCCAUACCCACCCCCAAACCUACGCCUACCUCCUCUACGGCCCCUUUGCCACCCCAGCCGACUUCAUCUCCUGGUACGACACCUCCAUCCGCCAUGACCGCUCCACUUUGAUGCUGGCCAUCAUCCUCAAGCCUGGGACCAUAGUCCCUGCUCGAACACAGCGCUCGCUCAACGCCACUGACGCUUCGAACGAGCCAGAAGAGGAACUGGUGAUUGAGGAGGACACGUUUGCUGGCCUAGCGGGCUUGACUACACCGACAGCUUCCACCGCAACGUCCAACCUAACAGCAGACAUGGGCCAGCUCCUCCUCCCACGCUACCACCGCACAUUCGUCGGCACGCACGCCAACGGCUUAUUGUUGCACCACCUGCUGGACCCAACACCCAACGGACUGGCGUUGAGGAGGGUGCAAUGGCAGCCCAACGCCUCCAAUACGGCAAGCGUGAACGCGGCGAAAAGGCUGGGGUUCAGGCUGGAGGGGGUUAUGAGGUGGGCUGUGGUUCUGCCUUGGGGAAAGAUUGGUGACACGGUCAGGGAAGGGCGGGAACAGGGGGAGACAAAGGGCAGGAAGGCGAGGCAUACAGCGAUGUUGGCGCUGUGUUGGGAUGAUUGGGAGGGCGGAGGGAGGGAUUAUGUUGAUCGGCUGAUGGCGCGGUGA